GUUCGCAGUCGGCAGGACCCCACCCUGCACAUCACAUUCUUGUACAAAUACUCCAUCUUGUCCCAGUAUCGCCACACAAUCCCAGCAGGACGCCAAACAACAAGAAGACAAAGAAAUAGUGAAGAAAAACAUCUUUAAACUCACAUUUCAUCCAAGAAUGGGAUCAAUGGGCGUUCAGAUCGUGUGCGUGGGCCUGGGGAUCCUGGGCCUAAUUGGGGCCAUCGUGUGCUGCGCCGUCCCGCGCUGGAAGGUUUCUUCCUUCACAGGCGCAGCCAUCAUCACCGCCCAGAGCCACCAGGAGGGCCUGUGGAAGUCGUGCGCUGUGCAGAGUACAGGCCAGCAGCAGUGCAAGAACUACGACUCAUUGCUGAUCCUGGCCUCGGACCUGCAGGCGGCCCGUGCCAUGACCAUCAUCAGCUGCAUGCUGGCCGGCCUCAGCCUCUUGAUCCUGUUCUGCGGGGCCGACUUCACCACCUGCGUGGAGAAUGAAGACGCCAAGCCCAAGAUCAGCCUGGUGGCCGGGGUGGGCUUGCUCCUGGCCGGCCUUGUUCUAAUCAUACCCGUCAGCUGGUCAGCCCACAAGAUCGUUCAGGACUUUAACAAUCCCCUGGUGCCCGCCACGCAGAAGCGCGAGAUGGGAGCGUGUAUCUACGUGGGCUGGGCGGGCGGGGUCCUGCUUCUCCUGGGCGGGGGGCUCCUGUGUUGCUUCAGUAGGCCCAAAUCGGGGGGGUCUGGGGGCACGGCCAAGUACUACAGCAACAGCGCCUCCGCACCCAGCAAGAACUACGUGUGAGCCGGAAAGAAUCAGUCCGAUUGCGGCCGGAGGUCCAUUAGCCGCUUUAGCUUUACUCCUCUGUACAUAGUCAACAUGUGACAUUAAAAUGUUUCUUUUUAUGUGGUGAGGGGAUCAAAAUGUACAUUUGGAUUUUGUUGCAAUCAAAUUAACUGUAAAAAAACUGCUAGCAUGUUAACAUCUGCUUACUUCUCAUCAGCGAUUGCCCCUAGCGCUUUUUGUACUCAGGUUGCUGUCUUGCCAUUUUAGUUAGCUUAGCCAUUUUUAGCAUAUUAGCCAUUCUAAAUAGUAUCUGUCUACAGGGCAAGAAAUAAUCCACCUCGUCUCUCUGUAGUUGGUUGCUAUGUCGUUGUAUGUUAGCUUACCAACUGCUUACAUGUUAGCGACCAAUUCAGUCAAAAAAAUUACCCAACUAUAAGGCAAGAUGUAAAAUCCUUUGCAAUCAGCCUUAGCACUUUCUGUACUUGGAUUGCUAACAGGCUAAGUGGCUAAAUGUCGUCGGACCAACUGCUAGCAUGUUCAAAAUUCUAAAUUUUAUAUGAAAAGUAAACUGAUAAAGGGCAAAAUGAACAGAAAAUCCAUGUUGCAUUUUCCAUACUCCUUAUCUUUGUCACUGUUAGUGUACCAACAGCUAGCAUUUUAGCAUUUGAUUCAUUCUCAUUCCAAAUAGUACCUGGCUCCAUGGCAGAAUGUAAAAUGCAAUUUGCCUGAGGGCUUUGCUUGUUUUUUGUUAACAGUUAAUCAAUUCUCAUUAAAAACAUUCGCCGACUGAAUGGCAAAAUGUAAAAUCCUCCUCAAUGCUUUCUGUAAUCUGUUGCUAUGAUGCUGUUAGUAUUUUAUCUAAUGCAAAUAGUACUUGACCUCAAAGUAAGAGUUUUGUACAAUGACAAGUGCAAGUGAUUAAAUAUUUUUUUUAAGCAAA